AAACCAUUUGACACCCUCAGCUACCUCUCAAUGACUCGCUGUCACUGUCUCUUCGCAAUUGCCUUGCACGAUCACCAUAGAUCUCGAUCGCAAUCUCAUUCGGAGAAGAGAGCAAUGGCGUCGGCGAUGAGAAUCGCAGCGUAGGAGGAUUGUUUUGGCGAUGAUGAACCGGAAUGCGAGGGAGUCUCUGAUCGGCGGGAGGAACUUUCAGAACCACCGGCGAGGCGGCAGUUUGAAUCUCCCGGUGUUAUCGUCGAGUAUGAAGCAGGAGCACCAUGACGAGAGCAGUAGUUUGGAUCUCUUCUCCAAGAGCCGCCGGACUCUCUCCGUCGCUUCUUCCGAUGAGUCCUCCGACGUGUCGGUGAAAUUGGGGAGACUGUCAGUUGGAUCAGGCAAAGUGGGAAGGACUGGGAUUGAUGAUCUGCUGUCAUCUGCAGAUGGUGGAAAGCACGACUAUGACUGGCUUCUCACUCCUCCAGAAACUCCACUUUUCCCUUCAUCUGAUGGAAGUGAAUCUCAACCAACCUUAGCUGCUGCAAGAGGCAGUGCUUUAAUUAGAUCAACUUCUUCGGCCAAGCCUUCAAGGCUUUCAGUUUCACAAUCUGAGAGUAAUCAUUCAUCAAGACCAGCUAGAAGCAGUUCAGUUACUCGUUCUUCAAUCUCUUCAUCACAGUAUAACAACUAUUCCUCAAACAGAAAUUCCAAUUUCCUGAACACGAGCUCGGCCUCAGUUUCAUCUUACAGUAGACCAUCAUCCCCCAUUACCCGCUCUCCAUCUACAGCAAGACCUUCCACUCCAACCUCUCGUCCAUCACUAUCACGACCCUCAACUCCUUCAAGAGCUCGUUCUGUGCCGGCUAGCUCUUCCAUUGAGAGACCUCGGUCAGUGGCAAGCUCAAGACCCUCUACUCCUAGUUCUAGGCCACAGAUUCCUGCAAACUUGAGUUCACCAGCUGCUCGAACACCUUCUCGUCCAUCUACCCCCACUCGUCGGCAUUCAUUGCCUUCUUUAUCUCCAGCAUCAAGUCCUUCACCUUCAGCUGGCCGUCUUUCAAAUGGACGCAAUCCAGCACCGACAUCCAGGCCAAGUUCCCCUAGCCCACGUGUCCGUCCCCCACCACAGCCCAUUGUUCCCCAUGAUUUUCCUCUUGAUACACCGCCUAACCUCAGAACAACCUUACCAGACAGGCCAAUUUCUGCUGGAAGGUCUCGGCCUGGUGCUGCUGUAGUAGUGAAGGGAAAAUUAGAAACCCCAGCUGCCGUGGUUGUGCCAAGAAGACAGUCAUCACCCGUUGUUUCAAGGGGUAGACUUACAGAUCCCCCUGGAAGAAGCCGUGUACUUUCUAAUGGGCACCAUGAUGUUCCUGAACUUAGAAAGCCCCAACAUCUCCCUGACCUGGGCAUGCGGAAGCCUGUGAAGACUUCAUCAACUACAGCUCCAGAAAACACUGGAUUUGGGAGGAAUAUCUCGAAGAAAUCUCUCGAUAUGGCAAUCCGGCAUAUGGAUAUAAAGAAUGGAACAGGAAACAGUCGCCAACUUUCAGGCAGCACCCUCUUCCCUCAAAGCAUUCGGUCUGGCACUCCCAAGACCCAGACUGUUCGCACAUUGAGUUCAUCAGCAUCAGUGAACAUGAAUGGAGGCCUGCAAUCCAGAGGUAAUGGAUUUGUUUACGAGAAUGGAAACAACAUGAGUAAGCCUGUACAAAAUGGAACUGAAGCAAAUGGGGGUGGACGCUAUUCUUCCAAACUGACUGAUGUGGACAUCUAUGAGAGCUCUCGCUAUGAUGCAAUAUUGCUUAAAGAAGACCUGAAGAACACAAACUGGCUGCACAGUUUGGAUGAUAAAUUAGAUGAAGGACCCAUCUUUGAUAAUGGAUUUGAGCAUCUGCCUGAACCUUUCGGCCUCUUAUAACAUCUGAUUAGUAAGUGGUGUUGAUUGUUGUCCUUAGAUUAUAUGGGUUCUUUUAUAUGGAUGAAUCACUUAAAACAGGAAGCUUGUAAAAGAUAGUACUUGCCUACUGCAGUGAAAUCAAUGAAUUUAUUGUUGGUCU